AGUUUGCGUGUGAACCACGAGUCGGCUCGGCGCGGGCGUGAAUACAUUUCUCUGCUGGUAUAAUCUAUCGCAUCUCUUCAUCGCUACGCUGUUAUGCACACACAGCGAGGAGCCACGGCUAGCGCGCUCGCCCAUGUUAGCUCAUAAGUCUGCCGUCGAUUGCAUCGGUCGCUUGUCGAACGACCGCGCAUUUCGUGCCGAGAAUAACAAACAUCUUUAAAGCACAUAAAACGAUUCCAUAUGUGGAUGGGACGUGCAAACGUGUGGUAAUGGUAAUGUGUUCCAACGCUCCCGAGGAUACCAGUGUUCAGUGUGCAGAAUAUCAUCGCGACGACUCCACAUUUUGAUUGACUCUAAAGUGAUGCCGGGCCACGCAGGGAGCCCAUAUUGGGCGGCUAUUGAUUUCGAUAGCGAAGGCGAUGAUGAUCAGACCCCACCGCCGAACCAACGGGUAUACCUGGAUCCAUGGGACAAUGAAGCUUAUGGAAUGAUGCAGGCGGAAACAGCAGAGUCCAGCCAAGGAGAAAAUUUAAACUCUUUUGCUGGUGAACCUGUCAGUGCCAGUUUUUAUUACGUCCCAACCAAAACUUAUGACUCUACUGAAGAAGCUCCAGCACCACCUAGAAGAAAUACAAGUAUAACACCUCCACAAGAAAUGAUUCCCCCUGACUAUCCUAUCUAUGGGAGAAAAUUAUCCAGAGCAAUUAUAGCAGAUAUGCACAACGAUAUGGCUAUUUAUGGAGACCGACCGAUGCGUGAGCGCAGAAGAUCCAUGUACAUCGAAGAGCCGGUAUACGCUCCUCACCCAAUUUUGUAUGAACCUCUGUACGGGCCAAUACCACCUCCGCCAGGGUACAUGCCUCCGGCUCCAAGGUCCCGUAUGUCUUUGCCUCACCACCCAGAGUACAUGAUGGCGAAUCUCGGAUACGGCAAGCAUAGAAGACAUUCCAGGUUGACUGAAGCGUACGAGCACUAUGCGUACGAGAGCCUGUCUCCUGACUACGAGGACUGGGCCAGGCCAUUCCCGAAGACUGCCCCUGACAACUUCCACCUAUCCCGAUACGGGCAUCUUCAGAUCGACUACUCGUGCAGCUGGAAUUCGCUCGACAGACUCAUCAGAAACCAUUAAAAUUAUAUCAAAGAAUCAAGACUUGGAGUGGAAUCAAGACGGCGUUGAAGUUCGUUUAUAUUUUUUUACAUUAUGCUCAUGUUAGUAGUAAGAUAAAACUUCAUGUUAUUAUACUCUUUAUAUUUGAUUAAACUAAGUAGGUAAUUAUAUGGAUAGUACCUAGUGUGGUGCUAAAUAUUAGUUAUUGCAAAAAUGCAUAGCCAAAGAUGAAUAAAGGUUUUUGUUUUAAUUUUCGCAAUUUUUUUCUAUACGUUGUACAUCUAUCAGACAGAGAUCAAUAAUGCAAGUUUUGUAUGAUUUUAAAUGAAGUCAUAAUGCGAAGAUGGUAUUUUAAUCACUUACGACCGAUAGAAGCGAACCCAACAAAGCUACCAAUAAAUCGUCUGACAACCGCUUUCUUAUAGCGAUACUAUUAUACCUAUUGCAUCGACUUAUUCAAGUAAUUUCUACUGAAUUAUCAGUGCGGUUAGCUUUCAACUAUAAUAAAGAUUUGCUUUUAAGUAUCAGACAAAACUUUCACUGCCAAUCCAUCAUGUUAAACAUAAUGUCUCAUAAUUAUAUUAUGUAAGCUCAUAAAAUGUAAGUGGAAAUGUGGAUGAUCCUAUUAAAAAUAGACUAAUUACUUAAGAUUUUUAGUAAUGACGGAGUUAGGUAAUACAGAUUGAUUAGAGUAGCACUCUGACCUCAUGGGAGCAUUGAAGUGACAUUGAAGUGGUUCGGUUUUGAGGAAACAAAGCCAUCGUAGAGAGACAAAUACUCUUCUAUUAUCAAUAGUAAUUAUAUUACAUUGAUAUCUUUUUUUAGAAGCAGGAGGUUGGUUGAUAGAUUACAAAUAAAUAUUUUUUUGGCACCUUUCUUUGAUUUUAUAUCAAGGUAAAAUGUCAAUAAAAGCACUCAAGCAAAAUCAUAAUUAAUUUAAAUAAGUAAAUACAUUUGUGAAAACCAUGCCAUUAUUCCAAAGUGAGAUUGUUUGGAUUAAUCAAGUCUCAGUAAAUAUCAUUUAAUCUGGUCCUGAUCAGGAUAAAUGAUAUAAUUACUUCUCUAUUAGGUACCUAUAACUAAUUUGGUGUAAGUAUUUUUUGGAACUGCUCACAAGAACAGUACCAAAUUAGUACCUUUUACUGGUUGAUAUAUCAAGUUUAGACAAUAAUUGGUAAAUAUGUUAGUUUCAUUACUUAAUUCAUGCACAUAAUUAUUACAAAGCCAAAUUCUUUAUCCAUUAAUGAAGAAGCUAUUCACGCUUCAAGGGAUGUACUUGCACAUUUUAAACGAUCGAAUGUAGGCCAUGAUGUAACUUAUGAAUAGUCAAGUAUGUAAUAGUUUUUCAUAACCGCAUUCUUAAUUCAUAGUCACAGCGGUAGAAUCGUGCGAUAUUAGAUAAAUCAACAGAAUUAGAUACAACGCUAUAGAUAAACUUUAAUUACGUUUUUGGUUCAAAAUAAUUGUUAUAAUAUUCGCUUUUGUUGCAAGACGUUUGUUAAGAAUUAUAACGGAUGUUAAGUAACACUUUACAUAAGUAAUAUUGAGAAAUAGAGUGAAUUAAUGGUAGGUACAUUUGUGUACCUACCUAGAGUCAAUAUUAUUUUAAUGGAGAUGACAAUAAAUUCGUAAUAAAAGACAACAUUAUAUUAAGUAACAAAUUAUAUUAAACAUGCCAUGUAAUUUAUGAAAAA